AUGAGUUGGAAUCUGCUUGAGCGCUUCCUCGAGUCGGACCACUUCAACACCGACCCCUCGCUGGCCGUGGCCUACCUGGCUCGGUAUGCAGACCAUGUCGGAAUCCACUACGUGCUCUGCUCCAAGCUGCGCACCUUUGCCUACGAAGAGCUCGAGUUCUUCCUCCCGCAGCUAUGCCACCUGCUCAUCAGCAUCGACAACGAGUCGAUGGCGCUCGAGGAGUUCAUCAUCGACCUGUGUGAGGAGUCGGUCAACGGCGCGCUCCUGACCUUCUGGCUGUUCCAGACCUACCUCCACGACCUCGCCUACGCCCCGACCUCGAUCGCGUUCAAGACAUGUCGCCGCAUCUACAACCGCGUCCAGCGCAUCGUCUUUGGCUCCGCCGAGCCCCAGCGCCGCGAGAAGAUCAAGGAGAACAUCCUGCCCGUCACCGUCCUGUCCAGCCUGGUGCUCGCCAGCAUCGCCGCCCCCUUCCUGCCCGCCCACGCCGGCCCGCUGGCCAUCGCCCAGGCCCGCAAGCCCCGCCCCGUCGACGACAUGAUCUCGGACAACGUCCAGACCGGCAAGGUCGGGAGGAGCAACACCGUCGCCGCCGGCUCGCCGCGCCCACGCCACCGACGCCCCGGACAGGGCCACUCUGACCCCGAGGACGGCCGCACCACCAAGCCCCACGCCCACGCCCACGCCCACGUGCCCGCGCCCGCGCCGCGCCCGAGGGAGCCCCGCGACCCCAAGGACCUGCGACGCCACGCUGCUCGGCCGCCCCACGCUGCCCGCGGCUUCUCGGCCCAGCAUCGACCCUCGCUGCUGCACCUCGACGCCGAUGCCCGCCUCAGCUCCUCCUCCCUGCCCGACUUCCGCAACGCCAGCGCCUCCCCGCUGCCCACACCGCCCGCUACCGCCGGCCUGGCGCCCCGGCCUGACCACCACCCGGCUCGCAAGCACGCCGCCCACCAGCCCAGACCGCUCACCCCGACAGCCCUCUCCCGCACGCAAAAGGUCCGGCUGCUGAGGUCCAACUACUUCCGCAACGAGACCCAGUUUCUGAGUGCGCUCGAAGACAUCUCCAGUCGUCUGGUCGUCGUGCCCAAGCCAGCACGUCUGAGCGCCCUACGCGCCGAACUUGCGCUGAUUGCACAGGACUUGCCGGCCGAAGUCGACAUCCCGCUGCUCUCUCCGCCCACCCUGAAGGAUGGGAUCCCGUCCCAGAGCCAACAUCACCGAAUCGUGCGCAUCAACCCUGCCGAAGCCACGAGCCUCAACAGCGCGGAGAAGGUCCCCUACCUGCUGAUGGUGGAGGUCCUGAAGGAGGACUUUGACUUUGACCCGGACUCGGAGCAGAACAUGCAGCUGUUGGAAAAACUCAUGCUGGAAAAGGGCACGUCGAGAAGGCGUCUGUUCGAUAUCACAAACGCAGAGCGUUUGGCGCUGGACAGGACACCGCCGAAUGGAUCAGAUAGCGUCUUCGAGCCGGCCAACGGCGACCUGGGCAGCACCGCGCUGAUCAAGGACAUUGACGAUGACGACAUCGCUUCUGGAUUAGCAAGAGCUGCCUUGUCAUCGGCCGCCGGCAUCGCCAAAGCAACAGCGCCCAGGUCUUCGAGCGGGGCGAACACGUUGUCUUCCAUGGCGACCUUGUCCACCCCACGGACCUCUGACAUGGAGCUCAGCCGGUCGAGUAGUCCUGCUCCGACAAGAAAAGCAACCCUCCCGACGAACAGGAACCAAGGGCCCGACCAGCCCGACUUCACAGCGCUCGCUACGCAUAUGCGGACAGCAGCCCAGAUGCUCGCACAACUGGAGGCAAGCGGAUCGAAACGACCAAAGACGGAAGUGGCAGCCAUCAAGGCGAAGAUCAUUGCAAGCAUGCAAACUCUGGAGGAGCAGAACUUCACGGCAGACGACCAGGGGCCUACCUUCGACACCAUCAUGGCAGAAUCAGAUCCAGCCGCCAUCCUGGCGGAGCCAGAAGAUCUCGAAGAGGGCAUGGCCGUGGCCACCAACACAGGCGCCGGUGCAGCACGCAUGGAAAACGACCUGAAGACCGGCGGUAUGCGCCGUAAAGGCGACCGAGAUGAUCCCAGCGCUGCCACCUUUGGCGAAGAAUGGAGCGCCAAACGCGAGCGCAUCCGCCGCUCCUCCCCUUAUGGUUACAUGCCCAAUUGGGACCUCAUAUCCGUCAUUGUCAAAACGGGCGACGACCUCCGCCAAGAAGCCUUUGCUUGCCAGCUCAUCCAAGUCUGCACCAAGAUCUGGGAAGAAGCCCACAUCCCCGUCUGGACAAAGCGAAUGCGCAUUCUCGUCACCGGCGAAUCCUGCGGCCUCAUCGAAACCAUCACCAACGGUGUCUCCCUUCACUCUCUGAAACGCAGCUUGACCCUGGCCAGCAUUGCAGCAGGCACAAACCCACGGAAACGCAUAUCUACGCUCAAAGACCACUGGCUCAAGACGUUCGGCGAACCAGACUCGGAACCGUACAUGGCGGGGGUAGGGUGCUUCACCCGCUCGCUCGCCGCGUACAGCAUGAUAUCCUACGUUUUGCAGCUCAAAGAUCGCCACAACGGCAAUCUCCUGAUCGACAACAUGGGUCACAUCAUCCACAUCGACUUCGGCUUCAUGCUGUCCAACUCUCCCGGGUCCAUGGGCUUCGAAGCCGCGCCGUUCAAACUCACCCAGGACUACGUGGACGUGCUGGGAGGCGUUACAAGCGCGGCGUUUGACGAGUUCAAGACGCUGUGCAAGAAGGCGUUUCAGGCGCUCAGGCGGGAGGCGGAGAGGCUGAUCAUGUUGGUAGACCUCAUGAGCAAACAGAGCAAAAUGCCGUGUUUUGCGGCAGGAGCAGCGAGCGUGACCAACAGUCUGAGGGCGAGACUCAUGCUGCACCUCAGCAAGGAAGAAGCCGAAGGAUUCGUGGAGGAGCUGAUUGCUAAGAGCGUGGGGAGUUACUAUACCCGGCUUUACGACACCUUCCAGUACCGCACGCAGGGCAUCUAUUGA